CUUAAUACAGUAUACCUACUCAAGUAAUUUUUUUUGUAUAUUAUCAACUGCAUAAAAUAGGUAGGUAGGUAGUACCAAAAAAUUGCAAUUUCCUCUUAUCAAAUAGUUAUUUGAAAAUACGAGAAAUUAUCCAUCUUUUCCGCGUUAUAGUUAGAAAUAGGUAUAGCGAUUUCAAUAUUCUGUCUUCGUUAUAUUUUAAUUGGAGCAUUAUUUUCCAUGCUUCUAUAAACACCUCGAAUCGAACACAUUACUAAAUUAGUAGAUAUUGCUAGUAAUAAAAUAAAACUAACAAUCUCCUAAACAACGAUCCUACAAUAUCGCAUUAUCGCAACGAAAACAUGUUUAUCUCAAAAUAAAAUAUCGCCUAUGCACAGAAUAAAUACCUAAUAUUAUAUUCAAGGUCGCUGAGGGGGACCACUCGCCACAGCUAUAAAAUUAACGCUUAGCUAAGCGAGGACAUGAUAGAGAGAGAAAGACGAUCAAACAGCUUAAAAAUAUCAUGCACUCUCCCCGCCUGAGCUCCAUUUCCGAUACGCUUUCUCGCUCUCUCGCCUAUCAGGGGCCCCGCGUCUCGCCUCUCGUCCCGCUGUUGCUAGGCGAAAUUCCGAGCUCGGGUUUUUCAGUCUGAACAAAGGCCCGAUGGUUUCGAUGGUUCGCUUUGCGCUGGCAACCAUAUUCCGUGAGCCCCUCUCGUCUCUCGUCACUCGACACUCGAGCGGUUUGCCCCCUAAACUCUCGUCCGCAUGCGGACUGCGGGUAUACCUCCUAGUCAGUAUUAUUCCGUGAACGUUGCCUUGCGUUGCUGAGCGUGAUUUCACUUGCGAUACUUUCUAGGAUAUUUUUUUCAUCGCGACCGGUUAUUUUUAUUCAAUUUCAACGUGUUAUAUACUUAUCGUUAAUUGAAAUUAUCGUUGACCGGAUUUGGACUAGUUAAUAUUUUUGACAGCAGGUUCAGCCAUGCUUGCUGAAAAUGAAUCGGGAGGAUUUCGAUGAGGGUCCUGCAGCUAACACAUAUAAUGAUACAUCAGAGGAUGAAGACGAGCCACUGAUACCUGUAUGGAAGUGUUUGGAUUGUGUCACAAGAUUCCCGGUCAAACAGUUACUUUAUGAGCAUCUCCUCGAUCAUAUCAAGCAACCCGUGGUAGAAAUAGAUAUAAUCCCAAAACUGGAGAGAAUAUCUAGUCCGCAUCCUCCCCUCAAACUCACACUGAAGACCAACGGAGGCGAUAACAAGUUCGAAAUCGUAACGCCCAACACAUCGCCCUCGUCCUCGGACCCAGGCUGUACAAGCAACAGCCUGGACGAGGUAUCAACAGAAGCUGCAGAGUUUGACGGUAAACACGAGGAAAAUUACGAAGAAGACUUUUACAAAAUUGACGAAGUCAACGAUGAGUUGGAAAUAAAAGAUCAAGCAGGAAGUCCCUUUGAUAACGGCGAAAUCGAAGGGGAAGAUAGUCGAAGUUCUAUUGGUGGAUCGGCGCAUUCUUUUGAAAAUUUGCAAGAGGAAAACGACGAACACUCUGAGAUAAACUUCUCCCCGAAUCUAGCCGAAGUUAUUGGAGGAGCGUUUUUGGCCGACAUAAAUUCCCCCGUAUCUUUCGCUGAAAGUCCUACGGGCCAAGACGAGUCACAGGGCAGCCCCAGGGAAGAGAAACACGAUACCAAAGAAGAGAAACACAAUACCCAGGAACAGAAAUACAAUAUCGAUCAAAGUAGUGAAAAUCAUAACGACAACACGGCGGAGGUAGACACGCUCUCGAACGGCAAUCAUGCCACGUCGCACCACACUUACGGCGGUAUUCCGGGGGCGGAGCCCACGCCACCCCCGGAACCAUCGCCUACAGGGUCUACGGAAUACCCAAAAAUUAAAAUCAAAACUACUGGGUUGUUCAAAGACCCCGAACCACGAGGCUGUACCAUUACCGAGAUAACUGAUGACAAUCCUACAGGAGAAUCUAGCCAAAAUAAUUCGGCACCGGUAUGGACGACACCAUCUUUAGACGAUCCCCUGAAACUUCCGGACAGCGAUAGUUUACUAUCUAUGUUCAAUGAACGCAACAAUAAGGAUCUCGGGUAUUCUUCGAAUAGCGAUAAUGAAUUUAUAUCGUUGGAUACUUUCAAUGAACGGAAUAGGGGUCAGUCGAUGCAACUCUAUAAUCCGAACAAUGCAGUGGCCACUACAUCAUCACUGCAAUCCAUCGCAGGUUUGCCGAUGCAAGCCUUGGCUCAGCAAGUUUCACGGAUGAAUCCGGGUAACGGGCAAGGCUUGCACCAACAAAACGUCUUGAUCAACAUACAGCAGUUUCCUACGCCACCUCAAGCACCGUAUCCACCUCAACAGCAUCAGCACUAUCCGCCGCACUAUCCUCCGCCGCAUCCUGGACAAAACAAUAUGCACCAACCCUAUCAGUAUCAGCCAGCUGGCUCGAUGUAUCCUGGAUUCCCCGCACCAGGGUACCCCCAGCAACAUCCCCAACAGCCUCACAUGCAGCCUCCGCAGCAGCAUCAAAUGGGUCAGAUGCAACAGCCCCAGCAUCAGAUGGGUCAGAUGCAACAACUGCCAAUGGGGCAACAACCUGCUGGGCCUAGGGGUGGGCCUGGGCAACAACCAAACAACAUGGGUCAAUCGUCACAAGGUCAAACGAUGCCGCCGCCUAAUCAAAUUCCCCAGCCGCCCAACAGUAUGCAAAGCGGCUACAGACCUCCCAUGGCGCCUGGCAAUAGACCUCCAAACCCUAGGGGCGGUCAACCGGGCGGGAUGCGGAUGCCUGGCGGAAAUCAGAGGCCGCUCAUGAACCAACGAGCGCCUAACAUGAGACCUCGGGCUCCAAUGGUUAGACCCAGAGGCGCAGGAGCUCUUCCUCCAAUGAGAGGUCAAAUGCGACCCCGCAUGGGCACUCCACAGAACGGAAUCAGACCUGGCCAGAAACCUUUACCUAAACGAAAUACAGAUCAGAACGCUGCGGGUUUGCAGACGAAACGCAAGAGACUCGAAGUUCUCCCUAAUGAUGAUGAUGACGAUUGCCAAGUAAUUUUCACGCAGCCCAAAAACACUGGAUUACAAAUAGAACAUAUUCAAGGAGCUUCUGAAGCAGUGGAUAAUGCCAUAAUGAAACUGCCUGAUUCCAUAACUUUGUCGGUGAGGCCUCCGGCACCAAAAUCUGCAUCAAGUCCUCAGAAAUCUGAAGCUAAAGCGGUGGCGAACGUUUUGGCCAGCCGAGGGAUCACAGUAACGCCUUCAGCUAAGCCGAAAGAGGCGCCCAAACAGGCUUCUCCCACUGCAAUGAGUUUGAAUGGGGCUGUCAGUAUUGUGCCUCCAUCUAAGGGUGGUGCUAAGGCUGCAGAUGGUCUGCCCACAGUUGAUCUCACGGACGACGCACCUUCCGAUUCGGCAAAUAGACAUCGACCAGGACUACCUUAUCGUUGCGACCUUUGUCCCGCAACUUACCCCAACGCAAUAGGUCUAAAUAAGCAUAGGCAGACGUACCACAAAACGACCAGUGGCAUGUCGGAGCUUGGAAUACCAUUGAUUAAUCUCAAACAGCCCGGUAUAAUGCAAAAACUGAGCCAGUUUGGCGUCAACCACUACAUUCCGAUGCCGAGUGCGGGCCCAGGAGGCACCUACGCUAUUCCCAUCAUCAAUUCCAAAACUCCAGGCGCCAUGGUUUCCGCUUUAGACUCUACACAAAUGCUCACGUUGGGGCCUGUGCGGAACAUACUGAGAGCUGGUGUGAAUAGUAACACCAAUACUCCUGGUAAAAAGUGAUUUAGUUAACAGUGAUUUUUUUAUUUUUGAACAAACCACAAAUCUGAUAUAUUAAGAGUUAAAUUUUUCGUUUUAUUUGCAAGAUUUAUACAUAAUAUGAUGAUUCAGCGUAGUUUAGUUUGCAUGGUUUUUGUAAAUACUUUUCGGUUACCUAGAUUAAGCCACUGUUUUCAUAACGUAAGAUUAUUCAAUAAUAAUUAUUAUUGUAGAUUUCAUUCUGUGAAUGAUUUAUUUUUUGCUGUAAAUAUUCACAUUGACAAUUAUGUACAUAACGUAUUUCUAUACUAGAAAUAAUUAUUAGAUGUCAACAAUGUUUAAACAACUAAGUCACAGAGCGCGAAUGCUGAAAAUUAAAUUUACCUUUCCUCAUUAUUUAUCAAAAAACAACAAAAUAUAAUUUGCAUGUGAACUCUGGUGUUGUACACGAGAAAAAUGUAGGCAAUUUCUUUUUUUGAUUAUUCUUUUUUGACAACUUUGAAUCACAUCUAUUUGAUUUUUUUUAAUGUUAAAUUUAUCUUAGGAGAGAAAUUAAACUUUCCACCAAGCUUUAUAUAGUCAUAUUUUAGUAUUGACAACAUUAUAAUACAUAUAUACCUAAGUUUCUUAAUAAUGAAAGACAAACCAGCAUUAAAAAUUUUAAAAAUUUGGAAAAUGAUCAUUUUGAUAGUUGUUUACUUUGUUUGGAAUCUAUUAUAGGUUUUUUAGUAUGAAUACACUUCUACUCCUAAGGGCUGAUAGAGUUUUUCGUUCAUUAAGGUGGCCAGCACGUCUUGGUUCAACAUUUCUUCUUUUUUACAGUGUAUAUGGUCCAACAGAACUAACAUCAUAAUAGACCUAUCUAUUUUACUAGACAAAGAGGUGAUAAUACGAAAACUUUAUUAGAUAGAAAAAGACGCAGAAUUGCGCAAGACGAGGCAAAACGUACCAAACCAUGUAAGACUUACGUAUAGCAAUCCCUUCUUAUUAUUUGCACGGGAUAAAAAGGGAAGGAGGAAAACUGCGUGACAUGCAACGUAUUUGUCAAUCAAAAACACAAACAAUUGAAAAUCAAUCACUUGUCAAGCUACGUCAAGUUAUUUAUCAAUCAUAAUUCUGAUCCUUGUCAGACCACGGGCAAUUGACAAGGACAAGUAGAUGCCCAGCGUGCAAAACGAACACCUCUCACCUGUAUUAGUUAGCCAAUAAAAAUGCAUUGCCUCGUGUUGCGCGCGCAUACCAGGUAAAAAUAGAUAGGUCUAUUAGGCAAUUGAAUCCAUCUGUCAGAAAGGAAAAUUCAAUAUGGCGUGGCGGCCAAGCAAGCUUGUUUUGAAUAUGUUUUUAUGUUUAUUUUAAAUUAUUUUGCUUAGAGUUUUGCUUGUAACUUUGAUUUUGAUUAUUGAUUACGAUAUUUGUUGACUAGGCACCUAAACUAUUAAAUCGGGCAGAAACUAGAUAUUUUUUUAAGCUUUUUGGCUCAUGUGUGGCCGCCACGCCAUCUUGAGUGUCACCUGGUUUGAAUUGCCUAAUUCAAGAGGGAGAUUUUUAUUUUCAUUGGUCAAAUAAAUGAUGAUGCUGUUAUUUGACUUUUAAAUUUGUGUUGGGUAUUAUUCAAGAAAAUAAAGUGGAUUUAUUUCAAAAAAAUCCUGUCAAUCUACAGAGUUUUCCUAUAUAUUUUCGCAUCACCCCUACAAGGGUUAUUCAAAAAAUUAUCAAGGUGAUAAAGUAUAUUGUAGCAGAUUUUCAUAUGGGCAGAGUGAUUUAAAAUACCGAGAGUGAGUUUAUAAUUAUUUUUAAAACUAGUACGGAACGAGCUUCAUUACAGUAACAAGUGGGAAAUAUUACCAUGACCAGGUCGUAGAUCGAGUCUUGGUAAUAUAAUUUCCUUACAUAAGAAUGUCCUUUGAACAAUUAUUUGCAAUUUCCGGAAAAAAUAGUAUGUAACUAUACCUUGUAGGAAAAGCCACAUUCCCAUCUCUAGAUAUACUAUUGAUUGAUAAAGUAAAGUAAAAUUAUAUUAUUUAUAUAACAAGUACAUAAAGUAAGGCUUUAUUGUACGAAUAAUUUUAUGGCCGAGCGAGCUUGCGAGCGAGGCUAUUAAAUAAUGAGUCAAUAAAGCCUGUUUAUGUAAGCGUUAUAUACACUGCCGAGCAUAAAAUUAGGGUCACCACAUAAUUUGCAAUUAUUUUUGAAAUUUUCAGUUUUUGCGAAUUUUUUUUUUGGAUGUACAGUUUACUAACUUUAUGUGAUAACUUUAUCGUAGUUGCUUGAAUUAAAAAACGUUCUUGUUGUUUUGUCCCAAGUUUAUUAAAGAUAAUACAAAUGAAAACUUUAAUUUGAUUUUUUCUCUAGUCGAAUCAAAAGAAAUUUUAGGAACUUCAGUAGCGAGUAUUUCCUCCUCUGGCAUUGAUAACAGCUUGCAAACGACGAGGCAUGCUUUGGAUCAGAUUUUGGAUGACCUCCUGGGGAAGAUUUUCCCAUUCCUGCAUCAGUAUGUUGCAAAGCUCUCUAGAGUUUCUAGGGGCCGGUACAUGUCGCCGUAAACGUCUUCCCAUCUCAUCCCAAACAUGCUCGAUGGGAUUCAAAUCUGGGCUUCGAGCAGGCCAAACAAAUCUCACGAUUUGAAAUUCGUCAAGAUAAGCAUUAACAAACUGAGCAGUGUGGGGCCGUGCAUUAUCAUGCAUAAAGGUUGCGCCUUCUCCAAGAAAACCCAUGAACGGUACAACAUGGUCUUCUAGAACCUGUGUGAGGUACCUAUGUGCAUUUAAAGUCCCAUUCUGGAUAAAGGCUAACUCCGUGCGAGCAUGGAACGAAAUCCCUCCCCAUGCCAUAACUGAGCCUCCGCCAAAUGGAAGCCGCUCUGCGAUACAUGCUCCAGCAUAUCUCUCGCCUUGUCGACGCCACACUCUAACACGUCUGUCUGAGCCCGUAAGGCAAAAACGGGAUUCAUCGGAGAACAGUACCUGACUCCAAUCCUCUAUUGUCCAAGCCAAGUGUUCUCGUGCAAAAUUUAAUCUUGCGAUUCUGUGUUCACGGGAAAGCGGCGGUCCAGUAGCCCUGGUUCGAGAAGAUAAUCCAGCAGCAUGAAGUCGCCUCCUAACUGUCCACUCACUUAUGUUUACAUUUCUGACUUCUUGCAGAUGAUUUCGAAGGGAAACUGCCGUAUCUGUUCGGUUUCUCAAUGCACUAGAAACGAUAAAGCGGUCGUCUCUAGCUGUUGUACUCCUUCCUCUUCCCGAACCAGGUCUUCGGGUAAGAAGACCAGUCUCUUGGUACCGUUGGCAUAUUCGUUGCACACUGGAAAGGCUUACAUCAAAGUUUCUUGCAGUUUCGCGCUGACCGCGAUCAUCUUCUAUAGCCGCCACAAUUCGUGCCGCAAUUACUGGAUUUAUGGCCAUUUUGCUUGAAAAUAGCAUCAAUAGUAACCAAGCAAUUUGCAAUUGAGAGAUACCAUGCAUGGAAUACACAAAUAUGCUGAUAAUGGUUUUGAGGAAUUUCGGCGAGGCACCUUUUUUUUAUCAAACUUUAAAUAAAACAACAACAACUUUUUUUUAUUCAAACAACUACGAUAAAAUCAUCACAUAGAGUAGUAAACUAUGCUACACCCACAAAAAAAUCUCAAAAACCUAAAAUUUCAAAAAUAAUUGUGAAUUAUGGGGUGACCCUAAUUUUAUGCUCGGCAGUGUACAUGGUUUUAUGUACGAUUACGACUGGUUUUUGUUGAAAAUUGAAAAAAUUUCAUGAUAAAAGAAAAAUUCGCGUAGGUAUACCUGUUUCAGCUUGGCAGGUUUUCAGGACCUAUUUCACCUUGUCAGGUAGUCCAGGUAGGCAAUAAAGUAGCACUUUAUUUUACUAGUACAAUAAAGUGCUACUUUAUUGAUGCAAAACUGUUCUAUAAAUAGCACUUUAUUGAUCAAUCGGACAUAAAUAACUAAUCUGUAACUUUCUGAAUAACCUCUAUGAGGUAAUGCAAAACCAUAUGGAAAAACCUCAUCCUCCAGCUCAGCCUCUAGUUAACUUGAUUGUUUGCAAUUAGCCUUUACUACAGUGGCUAAAUAAACCUUUACAUACAGUGGCGACAAUAGAGGUUUCGCCGCCAUCUUGUUCCCAACCUCUUGUUACUUUUAAAUAUUAAUAUAUAGGAUUUAAAUGGACAUCUAUCAUAAAAAAUUGAAAUCGACGUAUUUGAUGACCAUUAUUAGGUCCAUCAAAUACGUUGUUUUCCAUGAUUUAUGAUGAAUGUUCACCUAAAUCCCAUAUAUUCAUAUUUAAAAGUAACAAGGGGUUGGGAACAAGAUGGCGGUGUUUUCAAUAUAAAUAUAUGGGAUUUUAGAACCAAUCAAAAAUGAGACAGCAAUUGUCGCCACUGUGGGUUAUAGAGUCACUGUAGCCUUUACCUGAUUAUGCUGCCAUCUGGUGAACAUUAUUACGUAAUAAUUUUUAUAUUUUAAAUAAUUUCUAAUUAUUUUUUAGUGCAGAGCCAGCACAGUUUGUUCCUUGAAAUGUUUCACAAUAUUGUCAAUAAUGGGAGACUGAAUUUUUAGUUUAGUUUUUUUUUUAAGAAUUUCGUAUUUAGUUUUGUGCAAUUUAUCCUAUAUUGCUAAAAUCUGUUUUUUUUUUAAAGAUAAAAGUCACAUUAUGUUGACAAUACAAUGUAAAAUUGUCAAUACUACUUUCAAAUUUUUUGUGCAGAAAAGGCUUGUAUUGCCAACAUAGUUACUAAAUUUUUGACUUGGGGAAUUAUCUUUAAAAAAAAAACGAACUUUAUUGCUUUUUCAAAAAGCGUUUUACCAAUAUUAUUUAUCGUUAUCUUUUUUUUUUGAUACUUUUUCUUUUUAUAGGUUUAUUAUUAUUACUAAUACUAAAAUAACUAGAGCCACAUUACUAACAUUACUAUUAUUUUUUUAUUACCUAUAGUUU